CUUAGACACAAAACAAAAGCCUUACACUCAGCCUUUAUAUCACCUUACAGUCACUGCUUUGAACACAGCAGGCACCAAGAAAGUAGGAUCUAUCUGAUUCUCAUAGAACUCCAAUUUCCAGGAGCUAAACUUGUGUGAAGGAAAAGGGAGGAGGUGUCAUGGCUAUUGGUGGCCACUAGAGGCUCCCAGGGCUGGGCAGGGUAUGGGGGCUGUGUAUAUGUGAUCUCCCACUACCCCCCACCUGGCCAGAGCUAAAAUAAUAAAAUGCUGAGCUCACUGUUCCCCCACCCUUUCCCCCCGGCACCGGACACUGGGCUCCUCCUGCCACGGGGACAGUGCUCCAGUAGAACAGACAGACUGACCGACAGAAGGGGAGGUGAGGAGGGAAGUAGCCAUCAGGACUGGCUCUGUGAGUGCCACACUGUGGGGAGGGGGUGGGGGCCAUCAUGUCAUCGUAUCUGAAGGAACUGGAGAAAUACAGAGACAUAGAUGAAGAUGAGAUCCUAAGGACCUUGAGCCCUGAGGAGCUAGAGCAGCUGGACUGCGAGCUACAGGAGAUGGACCCCGAGAACAUGCUCCUGCCAGCUGGACUAAGACAACGUGACCAGACAAAGAAGAGCCCAACGGGGCCACUGGACCGAGAGGCCCUCUUGCAGUACCUGGAGCAGCAGGCACUAGAGGUCAAAGAGCGAGAUGACUUGGUGCCCUUCACAGGCGAGAAGAAGGGGAAACCCUAUAUUCAGCCCAAAAGGGAAAUUCCAGCAGAGGAGCAGAUCACUCUGGAGCCUGAGCUGGAGCAGGCACUGGCCAAUGCCACCGAUGCUGAAAUGUGUGAUAUUGCAGCAAUUCUGGGCAUGUACACACUGAUGAGCAACAAGCAAUACUAUGAUGCCCUCUGCAGUGGAGAAAUCUGCAACACUGAAGGCAUUAGCAGUGUGGUGCAGCCUGACAAGUAUAAGCCAGUGCCAGACGAGCCCCCAAAUCCCACAAACAUCGAGGAGAUACUAAAGCGUGUGCAAAGCAAUGACAAGGACCUGGAGGAGGUGAACCUCAAUAAUAUACAGGAUAUCCCAAUACCCAAGCUAACUGAACUGUGUGAGGCCCUGAAGACAAAUACCUAUGUCCAGAGCCUCAGUCUGGUGGCCACGAAGAGUGGUGACCCAAUUGCCAAUGUGGUGGCUGACAUGUUGCGUGAGAAUCGUAGCCUCCAGAGCCUGAACAUUGAAUCCAACUUCAUUAGCAGCACAGGGCUCAUGGCUGUGCUGAAGGCAGUUCGGGAAAAUGCUACACUCACUGAGCUCCGUGUAGACAACCAGCGCCAGUGGCCUGGUGAUGCAGUGGAGAUGGAGAUGGCCACUGUGCUCGAACAGUGUCCCUCCAUCGUCCGCUUCGGGUACCAUUUUACACAGCAGGGGCCACGAGCUCGGGCAGCCCAGGCCAUGACCCGGAACAAUGAACUACGUCGCCAGCAAAAAAAGAGAUGACACUACUUUUGCCUUCACCAUCAAUAGCUGGGAGCCCUGAAUCCUCAUCUAUCCCCCUUUCCUGUAAAUAAAGGUCCUUCUGUCCA